GGUACGUUCGCAUUUACAGCCCGUCAACAGCCAAGGCAGAGGAAAACGGAGCCACCACUUGGGAGCGAGCGCUGUUGCCGAUCCAUCCGAAUAAAAGCCAUCUCUCUCUCUCUCACUCUCACUCUCGCUCUCUCACUCGCUCGAGUCGGACGUGGAAACAGAGAACAUUCAUCGCGCGACGACCUGUGCUUUGCGAGGAUCCACCCAACAACCCUUCUUACCAAGAACAUUCGUCAUCCCCCCGGAUCCCCCAGAGGCGAGAGCUGUAUUAGCGCGAGCGAGCGAGAGUCAUGCACGAGGCAAAGCCAAUCACCAGAACCACCCGCGCUCUCAUAUUCCUGCUUCUGACUUCUCUGCCCAUGCUGCCUGCUCAUCCGACGAUAAUCGAGAGGGCGGAGGCGCAGCUCCAGAGGUCCGAGUGCGACGGCUGCGGCGACCAGUGCGCCAAGUGCAAAUAUGGUAGCGCCUUUUCGCGCUGGUGCGGCUUGAGGGAAUGUCUCAAGGGCCCGGGCGAGAUAUGCGGCGGUGCGCGCAACAAGUACGGCGUCUGCGGCGACGGCAUGUACUGCCGCUGCAACAAGUGCACCGGCUGCAGCAUCGACACCCUCGAGUGCUUCAGCGGCUUCUGUCCCGUCUACGAGCAGCAGAUACAGCUGAGACACCCCGACAAUCUGCAGGGCUUGCAGCUGGAUAAGUAAGACGAAGAUUGAGAAUUUAGCUCGGCUCGUGACUAUUAUUAUCGAUAAUGAUUAAAAUGGCUUUAAAAUCGUUAGUUACCCCAUCCUCCGAGAGUUUCCCUGCUUAGACAAUGGAGUCGAUCGAUUUGAAAGCUUUUUUUUUAUAUAAUAUAUAAUAUAUAAAUGUAUGGAACGAAAAAGUAUAUUUAUACGCAAAAAAAUGUAUGUAAUAUGUGUAUAAUGCCAUUCCAAUCAAAACGAUCUCAAUAGGUAGGUACAUUAAGAGAGUGAGAGAGAGAAAAAGAUUGUAAGAAUGAUACUAGAUGAGAAAAAAAAAGUUGCGUUAUUGUGAUAAUAGUGGCAUGCCCUUUCGGUGCGUACAUACAUGGGAUCGUUUAAGUGGCAAUGUCCCCUCCCACCUCCCGCCCAAAAAAAAAACUGAGCUGAUUUCCUAAUUAAUCGUUAUUACGCGCUAUCGGUUCAAAGGGGCAUUACUCUUUGAUCGCCCUCCCCUUCCGCCUGCCAUGACUAUUGUAUCAGUUGUAAGCUAUUUGUGACCCUUUGCUCGCCUCUUUGAAUUUUUUAUUAAUUUGUAUACCAGCGAGCACAAUGGACUUGGAGUCUGAGUGCCGAAGACAGCAGUGCAGUGGCCCAAAAUUGCGAAAAAAAAAUACAGUCGAAGCUUGAGUACAUAAAUAGACAACGAAUUUCUAGUAGUUUAUAGAAAUACAGAGAUGGGCAAAUUUUAAAAGAAUCCAUGAUUCCCAUUGCUUUACUAACCUGUAUUAGUUGGGAUUAAAUAUAUGAUGAAUGGUGAUCUUGUUUAAAUGAGGUCAUGGCUACUUUCAAGAGCUGCUCAUUUCUAUGAAAAAUAGUUGCUAGGCAUUCAUUAUUCUUUCAUUUUAUUUAUAUCAUGUUUUUUUUUCACAAUUUUAGUCACUGCGCGAAACCGUAUAUGUUAAUAAUUUAUAACUCUUCCCGCCGAUGAAUUGCACUGUUUUAUUGUAUAAUUUCGAGUUUAAGAAAGAUGGAGGACAAAAAGUAGCGAGAUAAUUAUACUACAUUUGUUGAAUUUUUUGGGCAUUUUCAAUGGCUGUGAAAAAAUUGUGUUUAUUGUAGAUCACACUUGUAAUUUAACAUAGAAUAAACUAUAAAAACAAAUAAAAUAAAUAAAUGAAUUAAAAAUUACAUCGAGCAAAGUUUCAUGACAAUGAAAAAUGUAUAAUUAAAAGGUGAAAGGAGGGUUGUGCACUGAGGAAAAAAUUAAUUGAUUCGACAACAUUUCAUUUGACAUUUCACACACUAUUGAUUCAGUUAUGAAGAUAAAUUAUAAUAAUACGAUUUUUGGAAAAUCAGGGGAACAUUUUUUUGGUCACCAAGGAGAGACAAUAUUAGUUCAAAUCGAAGAAAUAUAUUGUUAUUAAGCAAUUAUUUCUCGUCAUAAAAUCAAACAGAUCCAUUCAAUCAUAAUCAAAGUUUGUUAUGAAUGCUAUAUCGUAAUACAAUAUUUUAUUGAUUCAACUACAUAUUUUUAUAAAAUCUAAAUUAGUAGUAAUAAUUUACAAACUCAUAAAUUCAAUGGAAUCUAGCACAUAUUUGUACAAAACGAUAGAAUAUUUCAUCAUUUGAACUAAAUAUUUUUUAAGAAAUCUGUAGUCGUCGAAGCAACUCAGCGAUUAAUGAAUUGCACAAGAUCUUAAAAAAACAAAAUUAGCUUCGUUCCUCCAAUGCUUUUUUUCUCGAGAUAAGUGAGGGUAAAAUGAAAUUUUCCUAAAUACAAUCAAUUUAUUUCGCGGCACAUGCUAGGUGGUACGUGUAUAGCAUAAACUACAUAUUAUAUUGCAGUAUUGAUAAUGGCCACUCAAUAUAACCGAUGCACGCUUGGCCAAUAUUUUACCAAUAACUAGUCAAAUAAAUUGUGCAUUUAAAUAAUAAAAUGUAAUUUACCUAUCCCUUAAGCAAAAUGCCACAUUGGCAGACUCAUUUCAUCAAUCUCUUACUUCUCAUUAAUGUCGAAUAAAUCCACUUCAUUACUAUUCCGGGAAUGAAGAAAAAAGCUCAAAGGAUAAAGUACGAAAAGUCAUUGGAAAAACAAAACGUAAUUGAGAUCCAUUCAUGCAAAGUCAGAUACAGGGGUUGUUGCUGCCAAAAUAUUUGGAGUCAUGACUUGUCCAUGUUUUCGAACAUCGCGUCGACAUUGUCACUUUGAACAAUAACGAUAGCUACAACACCAUCGAGUAAUGUACAAUUUUAUUUAUACAAUUUCAUUUAUACAAUCAUAUUAAAUUCAUUUAUUUGUUGUUUUUUUUUGUACUAUCAUUGCAUGCGAAAAUGUGUAAAUUGAGUAGAAAACAGUUUAUUAAUGAAUUCCUCGACAAAAAAUAUACAGAUUUGUUACUUCCAUCAUUAUUUUUUUUCUUAUUUUUCCCCCCAACAAAUCAUUACAAGUAGGUAUGUAUAAAUGCAUUUUUAAUAUAAAAACUCUAAAAGUCACUACGUUACACUUAAAUAGAGCGUCGAUACAGCACAUACAUUAACAAUUUUAAUACGCAAGGAUGGAAAAGCGACAAGACGCGCAACAAGACUUGCACAGAUAAAUUCGAAACGAUGACAUUAUCGUAGCUCCACGAGAGAGAACUGCUGCUGCUCUUGAAUCGACGCUGGACCUUGAUCCACUAUUUUCGCUCGGUUUAUAAAUUGAAAUUUAAAUGUCUCUGUACAGAUGCGGCUCUGUAUGCGCGUCUAUAUAUACGUGUGCAAGCAUACGUGGUGUGCUCGCUUCCGAGGGUACACCGGCUCAUCUGCAUAUUUGGUCUAUGCACGCAUAUAUCUGCACGAUUCUGUCUCACUCCGUCGAUAACGUUCGCAGAGACUUUAAUGAAUAAUGCACGCGUGUAUAUCUCUCGUUUGAGCCGUGGUUGUCGUAAACUACGUUUUCGAACGCGUGCGCCUCACACACCACACAUACACACCCAUGAUCGACACCGGCCGCGCGCCGGUGCUUUUGAUGGCUAAAAAUAAUACUUUUACAAACGUUUAAAAAUAAAAGCGGAUUACUGAUUAAGUUAAAAAAAAAAAAAAAAAGACGAAAG